ACGGCCGUAUUACUAUGCAACUUUCACUGUAACAUCGCCCUGCCUGCAGCUCCACCGCUGCUGAGCGGAGAAACAAACAUGGCGGCCGGCUACGCGUGGCUCCUUGUGCUGGGGUCGGUUUUUUUGUGCAAUCUCAUGAAAAGCCUCCUGCCGACCAUAUCCUCUUUCCUCUCAAAGAUGGUGCAGAAAGAUGCUGAGCAGGAGAGUGAGAUGAGGACUGAAGUCCAGGAGAUGAAGAAGGAGCAGGCCUCAAUCAGCAUGAUGGAUGAGUUUGCUAGAUAUGCCAGACUAGAGCGCAAAAUCAACAAGACGACAGACAAGCUGAAAACACAUGUGAAAUCGAGAACAGCGCAACAAGCCAAGAUGAAAUGGGUGGUGAACAUCGUCUUUUAUAUACUGCAGGCGGCUCUGAUGAUCUCCUUGAUAUGGAAGUAUUACUCUGAUCCUGUGACAGUGGUCCCUAGUAAAUGGAUUGCCCCAGUGGAGCGCCUGGUGGCCUUCCCAACAGGAGUUGCAGGUGGAGUGGGAAUCACAUGCUGGCUGGUGGUUUGUAACAAAGUGGUUUCGCUGGGUCUCCAUGCCGUCAGCUAGAGACCAACGCAGCGGUUCUCUUAACGUGUCGCUGAAAAUUCAGUUGAUGAGAGCCUUAUUUUGUGUUAAUUUAUUUUCUGCUACGUCAGGCCACCGUUUAAAAGUAUUGCAUUUCUGCAUUGACUCGUAUUGCAACUUGUUUUUUUGGGGGGGGGCUGGUGGGGGUUGGGAAGAGAAUUUUUAUGAUUUUGGGAAUGUUUUGACAGAAUUGGACCAAAAGAGUGGUUUUGAAAUGUUGAGAUUCCUUUUUAAGAAAAUAAAACAUCAAGAAAAGAUUGUAAUGUUAUUAUUAUUCAAAUUGAAACAGACUAAAACAAAGCAUUUGCUCAAACAA